AUGCACUGUGACCCAGAUGGCGUAUUAGGUGCAGGACUUCAUCUCACAGCUGCUGCCUGCCAGGUUGACACACGUUGCUGCUUGCUCAACAACACCAAAUCCCCCACAAGGCCAGACACUUCAGACAGUUGGCGAAUCUCAAGCGCCCGGGCUCGCGAGCAAGGCAGAAAGCUCAUAUAUCUUCAAACAUGGAUUCCCCACACGACCGGGCCAGCCCCUCUCCGUCCCGCGCGCCGCUCGCCUCACCCUCCUGCCGCUGACCAUGUCGGCAUCGGUGGUGCUGGCGGACCUGCCGCGGGACGCGACGGCGGCGCUGGCGAGCGUGGGCGGGUUCGCGCAGGAGAAGGUGGUGGUGCGGUUCAAGCCCGUGGGCGCGGCGCCGGCGCUGCAGCAGGACCUGUGCAAGAUCACGGCGACGCGGCGCUUCGAGGAGGUGGUGCGGUACCUGCGGCGGAAGCUGCGCUGCAAGGACACGGACAGCGUGUUCCUGUACGUCAACUCGGCGUUCGCGCCGUCGCUGGAUGA